CUCUCUCUUUCUCUCAAAUUUUUGUAAUUUUCUGUCCUCCGGCGAUGCAAGGCCUACGACGGUGCUCCGACGACCUCCUCCACCUGGACUUAUCGCCACCGCCCGCCUCCCCUUCUUCUACCUCCCUCUCCAUCGACGUGGCCGAGUCCGCCGAGACUCGAAUCCGCCGCCUCAUUUCCGAACACCCCGUCAUCAUUUUCAGCCGCACUUCUUGCUGCAUGUGCCACGUCAUGAAGAAGCUCCUCGCCACCAUCGGCGUCAACCCCACCGUUAUCGAAUUGGACGACGAAGAGAUCGACGCCUUAGCAACCUACUCCACCUCCACCACCGCCACCACCACCACUCCUGCUGUCUUCAUCGGCGGCGCCUCCGUCGGCGGCCUCGAAUCCCUCGUCGCCCUCCACCUCAGCGGCCACCUCGUACCUAAGCUCGUCGAAGUCGGCGCUCUUUGGGAUGGGUUUUGAAGAGGCAUUGUUUAACAAAAGUGCUAAUAAAGACGGCGCCGCCGCCACUGCCGGAGAUAUAACCGGAGAUUUUCUUGGCGCCUACACAGCAAGAUCAUCGUAUGUUUCAGAAUCGUGAAAUGAUAAACGACAUGUCGAAUAAUUUGGAUUGUUCUUGUUGUUCGAGAUUUGAAUUGCACCAGAAGACGACAUGUUGUAAAAAAUGGAAAGAAUUGAAAGGACAUGAAAAAUAAAAAUUUAA